AGAGACAGAGAGAGAGUGAGAGGAGACAGUCUUGUAGAUUUGAAACCUGAGAGAGUGAGAGAUAGAGAUAGAGAUAUAGAGAUAGACAGACAGACAGACAGACGAGACAGUCUUGUAGAUUUUAAACGUGAGAAAGAGAGAGAUAUAGAGAUAGAGAUAUAGAGGUAGACAGACAGAGGCAGUCUUGUAGAUAUUUUACACGGGAGAGAGAGGAGGCAGUCUGGUAGAUAUUAAACCUGAGAGAGAGGAGGCAGUCUCUCGCAGACUUCGAUUCCGUCUCCGGAGGUGGGGCGCCAGCUGUGACGUGGCCCUUCCACACGUAGAAUGUUGUGACAGAAAGUUGCCAGACGUCGCGCAGCAACCGCCGUGAGAGAGGAGUGUGAGCGUUCGGAACCAACAAUGUGCGGAAUUUUUGCCUACCUCAACUACCACGUACCGCAGACGAGAAGAGAGAUUAUUGAAACUUUGUUUAAGGGACUGCAGAGACUAGAAUACAGAGGGUACGAUUCUGCAGGCAUUGGAAUUGACGGAGGUAACAACAAGGAGUGGGAAGACAAAGGGAAACAAAUCUCUAUCAUUAAAAGAAAUGGGAAAAUUAAGACCUUGGAAGAGGAAGUAAACAAACAAGAAGAUGUGGACUUUGAUGCUGAGUUUGAAACACAUUUUGGUAUUGCACAUACCCGCUGGGCAACACACGGUGUUCCGAAUAUUGUUAAUAGUCAUCCCCAGAGGUCUGAUAAAGACAAUGAGUUUAUCGUUAUUCACAAUGGCAUCAUUACAAACCACAAGAACCUGCGAAAGUUUCUGGAGAGCAAAGGGUAUGAGUUUGAGUCUGAAACGGAUACAGAAUCGAUUGCAAAGCUGAUCAAGUACGUCCACGAUAACAGCGAGAAUGAGACCAUUAGCUUUGCUACUCUGGUUGAGAGAGUCAUCCAGCAACUGGAAGGAGCUUUCGCCUUGGUGUUCAAGAGUGUUCAUUUCCCUGGGCAAGCUGUCUGUACCAGACGGGGAAGCCCUCUGAUGAUUGGCGUGAGGAGCAAUGAUAAACUUUCUACAGAUCACAUCCCAAUUCUGUAUCGUACAUGUAAAGAAGUGACAAAAAACUGUCCAGCUUCCCGCACGGAUGACACCUCCUUGUACCCAGUUGGGGAAGAGAAGUCUGUGGAGUACUACAUUGCAUCAGAUGCCAGUGCCAUCAUUGAACACACGAACCGAGUGAUUUUCCUGGAGGACAAUGACGUGGCAGCGGUGGUCGCUGGCUGCCUUUCGAUUCAUCGGGUGGAACGCACGCCAAGUGACUGCCCGGCCCGUGGCAUUCAAACCCUGCAAGUGGAGAUGCAGCAGAUGAUGAAAGGAAACUACAGUUCCUUUAUGCAGAAAGAAAUCUUUGAGCAACCAGAAUCGGUGGUAAAUACCAUGAGGGGAAGAGUCAAUUUUGAAAAUAACACAGUGAUCCUCGGUGGACUAAAGGAUUCAAUUAAAGAAAUCAGAAGGUGCAGACGCUUGUUAAUUAUCGCUUGUGGAACCAGUUAUCACUCUGGACUAGCGACACGACAAAUUCUGGAGGAGCUGACGGAGCUGCCAGUCACGGUGGAACUUUCUAGCGACUUCCUGGAUCGCAGUACACCCGUAUUCCGGGACGACGUGUGCUUUUUCCUCAGCCAAUCAGGUGAAACCGCAGACACUUUAAUGGCCUUGAGAUACUGCAAAGGGAGACGAACCCUGACUGUUGGCAUCACCAACACAGUGGGCAGUUCGAUCUCCCGAGAGACCGACUGUGGUGUCCACAUCAACGCCGGACCAGAAAUCGGUGUGGCGAGUACCAAGGUUUACACAAGCCAGUUUGUGGCGCUCGUGAUGUUUGCCCUCAUGAUGUCCGAGGAUCGGAUUUCCAUGCAGCAGCGACGCAAGGAGAUUAUUCAGGGCCUACAGAAUCUUCCAGAGCAAAUAAAGGAAGUUCUCAACUCAGACGAGGAGAUCCAGAGAUUAGCAAGCGAGCUGUAUCAGCAGAAGUCGGUGCUCAUUAUGGGCCGAGGUUAUCAUUAUGCCACUUGCCUGGAGGGGGCGUUGAAAAUUAAGGAGAUUACUUUCAUGCACUCGGAGGGAAUCCUGGCCGGAGAGCUGAAGCACGGGCCCUUGGCACUGGUGGACCAUCGGAUGCCUGUCAUCAUGGUGGUCAUGAGAGACCCCACCUUCGUCAAGUGUCAGAAUGCAUUGCAGCAAGUGGUGGCCCGUCAGGGGCGACCCAUCCUGAUCUGUGAGAAGAACGAUGAGGAGACGAUGAAGAAUGCUUACCGUGCGAUCAAGGUUCCCCACACAGUGGAUUGCCUGCAGGGAAUCCUCAGUGUUAUCCCUCUUCAGCUUCUCGCCUUCCACCUCGCUGUCCUCCGAGGCUAUGACGUGGACGACAACAAGCGACUGAGGAAGAUUGAAGCAGAUUACGUGCCGAUGUGAGAUGGCGCGUGAUUUGCGAGUCAGCGCAAUGGCUAGAGACAGUAUCCACUAUUUGGAGGCCGGGUUCGCCUUACUGGGAGCAAUGUUCACAGACAACGCACAGUUUACUCUUAGUUUGUAUUUUUUGGCAACAGGAAUUCUUUGGUCAACAAAAAUAAUGAAACUAUCCAGGAAUAUACUGGCCUCGAUCAUAUGGGGCACAGAAUAAUUUUCUAGUCUAUUAUUUUCUAAUGCUUAGGGCAUUUUUAAAGCUCUUUCAUACCAAAUUGUUUAGCCACUGUAGCAGAAGCAGUAUUUUUGAAAACUUCAUUGACAUGGUGGUGACUUUUGUGAGACUAACGCAAAUGUGCGGCUGGGAAAUGGAAUUUGUGUCUGUGUCAGCUCUCUCGAUUUAAAUUUGUUGCCAGAUCUUUGUGUUAAUUCCAUGCUUUGCCACUGCUGUUUACUUUUCCCACUGAGGAGUGUGGGAGACCUCGAGUGAUAGUUGAAUAAACUUGGGAAUGCUGAAAUGGGAAAUCAUGGAAGAUGUGCAGCACGGAAACAGGUCCUUCAGUCCCAGACGUCCAUGCCAACCAGAUAUCCUCAAUUUAAUCCAGUCCCAUUUGCCAGCGUUUUGCACUUAAGAGGUCCUUGAUGAAAUUUGGACCCUGGACAGAGGGUGUCAAUCUCCUCCAGUCAAUGCAAACUUUAUCUGUGCAGGAAACAGUGGGGAGCACAAGUGCAGUGUUAUCGAUAAUGUGCUACUGCCUGUAAGGCAUCAAACCGGGAGACUGGAUUCAUAAAGCUGCCUCCUAAUUCUGAUAACUCUUUGCCCCUAGGCUCAUUGCAUGAUGUAACUGCCAGGUUUCUUUGUAGGUUUAAAAAUCCUUAUCUUCUUGACCUACAUUUAUGCUGAUUUUAGGUCCCUCUUGCUGUCUGCUGUCUGAACAGUGAAAAGCAUGCUGCAUUAUAUACAGGAUUUGGAGAUGCCGGUGUUGGACUGGGGUGUGCAAAGUUAAAAGUCACACACCACCAGGUUAUAGUCCAACAGGUUUAUUUGGACAAUCAGGUGGUAGAUGAAGGAGCAGCGCUCCGAAAGCUAGUGCUUCCAAUUAAACCUGUUGAACUAUAACCUGGUGUUGUGUGAUUUUUAGCAUUAUAUAGAGAUUAUUCUUUGGAAACUAAUCCACACGGGGCUUUUGAUAGAUAUUCCUUUGCUUGUGCCACUGCCUUAUUCAAUGUGCUAACCUUUAACCCCUCUUCCCUCUUCCUUUUGGGCAGCAUGGUGGCUCAGUGGUUAGCACUGCUACCUCACAGUGUCAGGGACCUGGGUUCAAUUCCCACAUUAGGUGACUGUGUGUGUAAAGUUUGCACAUUCUUCCUGUGUCUGUGUGGGUUUUGUCUGGGUGCUCUGGUUUCCUCCCACAAUCUAAAAUAUGUGCUGGCAAGGUGAGUUGGCCAUGCUAAAUUGCCUAUAGUGUUAGGUGCGUUAGUCAGGGGUAGAUGUAGUGCAGGGGAAUGGGUCUGUGUGUGGGUUACUCUUUUUGGAUGAUCGGGGUGGGUAGAAGGGCCUGUUUCCAUACUGCAGGGAAUCUAAUCUAAAGAAGGUAAUUUGAAUUUUAUACAAUUUCAUUUCUCUUUGCUCUGUUACCAUCGUAUUGGCAGGUUAGUUACUGCUUCCUAACUCUGACUUCCCUGAAAGAAGCUAGAAGAAUUAUCACACAGCCUGAAUAAUUGAGAGAUUCCUGACUAACAUGCCGUUCCUGGCGGCACGGUGGCACAGUGGUUAGCACUGCUGCCUCACAGCGCCUGUAGACCCGGGUUCAAUUCCCGACUCAGGCGACUGACUGUGUGGAGUUUGCACGUUCUCCCCGUGUCUGCGUGGGUUUCCUCCGGGUGCUCCGGUUUCCUCCCACAGUCACAAAGAUGUGCGGGUCAGGUGAAUUGGCCAAGCUAAAUUGCCCGUAGUGUUAGGUAAGGGGUAAAUGUAGGGGUAUGGGUGGGUUGCGCUUCGGCGGGUCGGUGUGGACUUGUUGGGCCGAAGGGCCUGUUUCCACACUGUAAGUCUAAUCUAAUCUAAAAUAAUAUGUUGAUCACUAAAUCAUCAUUGCGGUGACUGCUGGACAGGCUUCCUUGCUUUGGGCGGGGAAGCAGGGACAGUGCCAUGAGAAAGUUGGUCUUCAUCUCAUGACCUGCCUCAUCUCUCCAUCUCCCCCAGCUACUUCUUCUUCUUCCAUUUGGCCUGGGAGUGGGUGCCCCCAGCCUCCCCAGUGCUUGGUGAUACAUUGCACAAGGAAUCAUCCUUCUGUUUGCUGAUUAUCCACUGCCCUCGUCAGUCAUUGUGAGUGGGAGCUAGGACCCUGGUUAAUGUUUCCUCUCCCACUCCUUCCCCCACCCCACCUUCCCCACCCCCACCUCCCUUGCUGAUACAAUAGGUAAUGUUCCCUAAAAUCAGUUGGAUGACAGUAAUACAUCAUCCACACACAACUAACAACGUAACUGGAAUGGGGUACUCCUUCCAUCAGCUGACACUUUCACCCAAAUACACCCCAGCACAAAGCACUCUAUCCACUGGCUUAAGCGUUCAUUUUCUCCACCAUAGAAUCCCGACAGUGUGGAAGGAGGCAACUUGGCCCAGUGUGUCUACACUGACCCUCCAAGGAGUGUGCCACUCAGACCCAGCCCUCCCCCUACCCUUUCCCUAUAUCACCCCGCAUUUACCCUGGCUAACCCACCUAGUCUGCACAUCCCUGGACAUUCUGGGCAAUUUAGCCUGGCCAAUCCACCCCAACCUGCGUACCUUUGUCCCACCAAGCAGAGAAGAACAUCGAAAGUGGGUGCAAGCACCAUGGCCUGCAAGUUUUCCUUCGCAUCACACUGCAUCUUGAAUGAAUGUGGAUCACCAUUGGUGAGAAUCCUGGAACACCCGUCCCAUCAGCACUGUGGCCCUAUCUGCACCAGGUAGGCUGGGGUGGGUGGAAUACACCACCAUCUCCUCAAGGCUAAGCUGGGAUCCGUAAUCAGUUCCUGCCUUAUGAUGCCCACAGCACAGGAAUGAAUACAUUUGUUGAGUUCUUUUGUCCUUCCACCUCCUGACUGCAGUAGUGUUUGUAUUUUCCCCAGCACCCAUGUGUGUGUGCAGGUGUAGGACACAGUGAAAAUCAACAGGUUUACAAACCUUUAUUCAUUUUCCACCACUCGCACUCUCUUAUAAGGAACAUGCUCACUAAUCCUUUAAUUUGGAGUCAAAUUCUCCCACAAACUCACCCCGAUCUCCAACAGUUCUACAGUGUUAACAGACUCAACUUUGCACUCCCUGAUCAUGGGGUGGCAUGAUGGCUCAGUGGUUAGUACUGACCAGGGUUCCAGGUUCAAUUCCAGCCUCGGGCAACUGUCUGUGUGGAGUUUGCACAUUCUCCCAGUGUCUGCAUGGGUCCCCUCUAGAUGCUCCGGUUUACUCCCACAGUCCAAAGAUGUGCAGGUUAGGUGAAUUGGCCGUGCUCAGUUGCCCAUAGUGUUAGGUGCAUUAGUCAGAGGGAAAUGUGUCUGGGUGGGUUGCUUUUCUGAGGGUCGGUGUGGACUGGUUGGGCCGAAGGGCCUGUUUCCACACUGUAGGGGUUCUAAAAUAUUGCAUCUUCACAACAUGGUGCACAGUGUACCAUGUAACAUGGUGACAAUGCAAAUUAAUAAACCUCUGAAAAGGCUCUACCCUUCUCAGGAGUGCUGGACUCUCGAGUCAAUUUGGAUAUUUUACAUACAGUGGUGAAUUAGUUAAACUACCUCUGGUGUGCAUUAAGGGCAUGAAUUUUACAUGUGGCACAUCACUUCAGUAAAAAGGAAACUGAUUUUGGUUUUUUGCUGAUUGCAGCAUGACAGAGAAUGGUGGCAGUCUCUAGUUUUUCUGCCUCUGUCACUGCUCAUUCCUUUGCAGCUGAGGGCAUGGGGAUGGGUUGUCUUUUUUGUGCUUUGAAGCAAAUGAGACUUUCUGGUGCACAAUAACAGGAACAGCAAGUCUGAAAUACAGUGUGCGGUGCCUACAAACAAAACCAGGGAGUGCCAACAGGCUUUGCAUAGAGUCUCCAGUUUCUGAGAGUAAAGUAUUACGUGGGGCCUAUCAAGCAACUUCCUCUCCCAGAAAAACAUCCUGGUUUGCUUGCUCUUAUAUUUUAAUUCAUCUUCGAAAAGGGUUCUCAAUUCAUCGAUAGAAUCAUUGGGUUAUAAGGAGCAUGGAGUCACUCCUUGACUAGAGCAUUUGUGGGCUAUUUUUGAACUUUAAUUUUUCUCCCUUAUGGAGGGGGUUAAUGCCAUUACACUUGAACUUGCAUUUGCCUAACUCCACCAAGUUUGAGAGCCGGGAACAGCUGACAGGGAGCAAAUGGGUGCAUUGCAGACAGAACUGUAAAGGAGGUGGGUUUCUUGACAAUGUGGAUGGCUUUGUAAGUCUCAAUUUAAAUAAAGCUUUAGAAUCUA